AUGCAAUUCAUCGCAUUUCAGGAUGCAAUAAUCCUCCCGGCCGAUCGCUCAGUUGCACCUCGUGAUGUACUACGUGCCGCUCGUCGUUUGGACCGAAGCACGAGUGAAUCAACCAUGAGCAGUUGGUUCUCGGAAACACUGGACGACCUAGAUGAAGAGGACGAGGACGAUGAGGAAGAGGAUCGGGGUGAUCUUUCCGAUGGCAGGUCCGAUGCGAUUGACGGACAACGAGACGAGACCGCCGACAGUGUUGAUAUACCAACACGAGCGAACAAAGCGGCACGAAAAAUGCAACGUGAGGCAGCGUUACAACGCCGUAGGCGCGCAAAUGUGGUCGAGCUGAAAAUUGAUUUUGUUAUUCGCACGAUUCAGUUACAAAUCCUCAGACGCGAGUCAGGAUCAACCGAUGAACUGGCAAAAGACACGGUGAUUCUGUGCUUUUCAGUGCAUGAGAUUGGGACACAUGUGAUGAAACGUCGCUGGGAUCAAGAGUUGCAAGCACACAUCGGUGCACUUUCGAUUGCUGUUCCAAGUUAUCUGGACUCCAAAACUAAAGAGCCCGUGUGUUUAGCAAAAACGCGACGUCACGUCGAAGGUCAUCAUUUACUUGCUGUGAAUCUGCUUAUUGCCGAAAAAAAUGCGCCCGAUUUUGAAUUUCGUUACAAUAAUACGCGACAUCAUUUACGCUGUGAAUUCAAGACGCUCGAGCUUGGUUCCGAAAUCCCUCAGCAUGCUCAGAGGAUGACCGUGUUGGGUUGUGUUUUCGAUCACCUUUCGUUUGCACCUCGCGAUCCGUCCGUAUGCGAUCAAGCGCCUGAGUUGUGCAUCCAUCAAGAAGCGACUCUGCUUCUAAUAGAUUACUUCAGUAAACUCGUACAUGAACUAGUGGUGCCAACGAAAGUGGAGCCGGAAAACGCGACCCCAGCGGAAUUAGAGUGGGCCGCGAAAGUAGGCGAUAAACAAGGCAUGAGUAUAGCUCAAGCCCGGGCCGAGGCGGAAGCGACCUCAAGCAAACAGCUUCCGGAUCACCUAACCGCGGCAUUUGCCAUUGAAAGCCACAUCGCACGCAAAUACGAGCGUCGAAAUAUUCGACUGGAUGCGGCCUCAGCUGCCAGCAAAACCGGGAAGACAGUGGUGAUUCGUGAAUUGCACAUCACUCAGUGGUUGGUCAAUGCCACAUUGGACAAAGUCAAACUCACUCUGUGCUCGGACACAAUGACUCUGCUGUCCACACACGUCCACGGCCUGCGAUUGGAUGUGUGCACCACAUACAGCACACUGGAAAUGUCUGCGAUUCUAUCCGAGCUCAGUGUGAAAGAUCUGAUCGAGUCAACCGGUUAUCGUAAGAUUCUAUGGGUUGACCCGGCUGAGAGUAUUGUUGCGCUCCAACUGACACAUUUUGUUCAGGGCACCGAUUUGCCUGAACAUCAAUACGAUCCGGACAAAGUGGAUAUGGCGGUCAGCUUACAGCUUGGCAAAGUGCAUCUGAUCUUUCUGUAUCAUUUCGUGAUGCGUGUUGUGAACUUUAUGAAUGCUUUCCAAAUGGCGACCCAGGCCAUGCUGAAUAAGGUUCAAGAAUUGUCCGAGGCUGCAGUGCAACAAGUUCAGCAGGCAGUUAAUCAACCGCCCAAAUUCCGUAUGGGCCUGAAUAUUAUCGCUCAGGCUCCCGUUGUCUACAUGCCUCAACACUCGUUUUCAACGAAAGCUUUGAUGGUCGAUUUCGGUUGUGUGACGUUCAACAAUCGAUUUGAACUGAUCACUGCAGCGAAUCAACCAUCGGAUGCUACCAAGCCAAUCCCUACCCCCGGUGUCAUUCUGGAAUAUACGGAAAUUCAGUUGGACAAUUUGCGACUAUCACGUUCUGUUCUGUCGGAGACCACUGUGACAGCCGAGAAACACUUACUUCAACCGAAUAAUAUCUCAAUCCAGAUUCGUCGUAAUCUGAAUCCCGAUAGCUAUAUCGGUCUACCUCUGUUGACGGUGGACGGUGGCUUGGCCUCGAUUCAUAUCGCUAUUUGUCAGGGAGAUUAUCGUGUCAUUCAGGAAGUCCUCUUGGACAACUUUGCCGAAAUCCCCCCACCGGUGGCUGUUAUUCCUACCCUGUCAACUGAGUCUUCCGAGAUCUCGCAGAAGGCGGGGCCGAAAGGAGGUGAUGUGACGCAUACAACUGGUGCUACCGGAUCUACCGUCCUACCAGAUCGCAAUACUCAGACCAGCAAAUCCGGUGGCAUGUCCCCCAAUCUGAUCGCUUGUCGAUUCAACUUCGAAGUUGGCGCGGUCGCGCUUGAGCUGUUCAACGGAGAUCAGGCUGUGUCUGAUUGGCAUGAGAAAAUCCCACCCAGUUUACAGCUGGCUCUCUGUCGACUGNGACUGAAUCGACUUGGUGUAACGGGGCAGACAUUUGUUUCGGGUGCAUCAGAAGUCGAAGUACGUUUGCACAACAUUGAGUUGACCGAUUCGCGGCCGGAUGCGAGCAAGCAGAUCACGAGUCUUUGGCUAGCCAAAGGUGUGGAUUGUGGAUUCCUCAAGAAAAUUCACCUGUCUUGGCCUGGACAACCCUGCAGUAUUCAGAUCAUGGAACGGGGGUGA